GGAGAGAAAGAGACAAAGAAAGAGAAAGAGACAGAGGACAAAGAGAGAGAUGAAGCAAAAGACAAGUUGAAGGAUAACAGAAAGAUGAAGAAGGAGCAGACAGAUAACCGCCGCACAAUGGAGGCGGCUGACAUGAACGAGCUGAAAGAGACAGGCCACACCCCCGAGCUGACCGCCGAGCAUGAUGGGAAGAAGGUUCCUGUGAAGAGGCAGACUGCGGCCAAUAGGAAGCCUCCGUUACAGAAGAGCCACAGCCAGGACAUGGACAAACACACUGAGAGCAGACAACAGCUGCACAGCCAGACGUUCACCUCCUCCUACAGCACCCCCAACUCCCUCAGCCUCUCCUGCUCCCCAGUGGAGGCCAACCGUAGGAUCCACGCCAUACACAGCCCAUUACAGCCUCAGGCCACGCCCCCUCAUUCUGUGAUUGGCCCAUCGUUCUCUGACAUCCAGAGGGCGUUUCAGAGAAAGGUGAUGCAAGUGGUCUCCACUUCCGGCAGAUCAAACAUGACACCACUUCAGGAUGCAUCAGCAGGAGUCCUGUUUGAGGCAGAGCUUAAGCAGUAUGAAGUGAUGACGGAUGAUUCUUUCUCCAAUGACGAAUACGAUUGUGUGUCACCUGACGAUAUUUCCCUGCCGCCGCUGGCUGAGACACCGGAGUCCUACUUGGUCCAAUCAGACGUUGAGGAGGGCUCAUGUUCCCACAGCAACCAGUACCCCCACCAGUCUGAGCAUAGUGGUUCUGGUGCAGUCCGGCAACAUAGAGAGUCCAGUCUGACCGAAGGUUCUCCAACUCCUCCAACCAAUUACAGCAGCACCAGGUUCAGGUCAGAGUCCACUUCAUUUGUCCAGAGUCCGCUGACAGUUCCUCUUCCAAGCCUGCUCACCAGUACUCUAUCCAGCAUCCUGAUAAUCGGAAAUACCAGCACAGCCAACAUCCCCCAAAGAAAUGACCUCUCCCGGGGCACUGAACCGGACGUCCCAUCUGAAUCUAACCAAGUCCACAAAAGCAACACUCCAGACAAUUGUGUCCCUGAUAAUAGGCCCCUGUCACCAACUGAUCUCUUACUAAAGCAACACAAAAGUCAAAACAACCAUCAUCAGGGUAAGAACACCAGAAAUGUUGCAUCCAAAGGUGAGACCAUGCCACAGAUGGAUCCCAUUCCCAUGGUUGCAGAGCUAAAUCCAGGAACAUCCCUCUCCCAGUCCAAUGACUCAGACCAUGAUCUCCACAAUGAUAAGACCCCUCCGCAAGACCCUAGAUUCCUCAAAUGCAGCCCUAUUUGUCCUCUAAACAGAACUUCCAUUUGUCAGAACACUAGUUCUCCACAGUCCUCCUCUGACUCUGAGAGAAAUCUCCAAUGGGAAACAUCCCUAGUCUUCCAACCUCAUAGGGGCGGUCUCACCAAUACCAGCACCAGCACAAUUACCCAGCAGAUCAUUGACUCCAAAUCCUCCCCUUCAGACAUUCUUCACACCUUGGCAGAGGCAGGCAGCCACCUCAGUUCACCCCAGAGUGAGACCUCGUCAAAGAUCGAUCCGGUCCAACUGGCUGGAGGGUUUGCUAAGAGCCCAAGCCUCAAAAACAAGACCAGUGGCACUGGGGACCUCAGAUCUUGUUCAACUUGCCUCCAAACCACAAACCUCCCUCAAGAUGAAUAUCUUUCCCAUUCUAACCAAGGUUCCAGGAGAGGCCUUGAUCAGGAUGUAUCUUCUUUUCAAACCAGCAAAGUUACAUCCUCAUCCUCCAUCCCCCAAAGCAGCAGCCUAACCAAAGACACUGCUGUCAAACAAUCCUGCCAGUCCUCCCCUCCAGAUACUCAUCACACCUUGCCACAGGCUAGCAAUUCACCCCUAGAAAGUUGGUCGUUCCAGAGUGAGUCCUUGCCGAAAAUCAAUCUUGUCGCCCAGGACGGAGGAUUUGCUCAGAGUCCCAGCCUAAGAGACAGGAUUGAAGACGCUGGGCUCCUCAAAUCUUGUGCAACUUGCCUCCAAAGCACUACAUCCCUCCCUCAAGAAGACAAUCUUUCCCAGCCCAAUCCAGCGUCUAUGAGAGGCCUUGGUCACAAUGUACCUUUCUCCAAAACUAGCAAAGAAACAUCCUCAGUCUCCAUCAACCAAAGCAGCAACCUAACCACUACUGUCAGGCCAACCGAGUACUGCCAGUCCUCCCCGCCAGAUACUUAUCAAACCUUGCCACAGGCUAACAAUUCACCCCAAGAAAGUUGGUUGUUCCAGAGCGAGUACUUGCCAAAGAUCAAUCUUGUCGCCCAGGACAGAGGAUUUGCUCAGAGUCCCAGCCUCAGAGACAGUAACAGAGACACUUUUCCUCUUCCACCAAAGGACAUGAGCAACAUCAGUAUAUCUAGCGGUACCUUUACCAGCAAUAAUAGAGUCAACAGCAAGCAGAAUCAUCAGACAGUCUACUCCCUCCACAAGUCCUUGAUCUCCACCUGUACCCAGCAGUGUGUGCAUGAUGGCAUGGUCCCCGAAAGUCCUGCCAAGCCCACUCCUCCUCCUCCUUGUCCUCCUCCUCCUCAUCCCAAGCCACAGACCCAAGCUUCAGUUCAGCAGGCUAAUCCGCAUGUCACCCCCUUUUCCUCCACACAUCAUCUACUAACACCAUACCAAGACCCGAACAUUUGUCAGCCCAUGGCUGUCCUUGAGGAAAUCAGGCUUACUCCUCAGAUCCAAGGGCCUCCCCUUCCUGCUCCUCCUCCUGCUCCUCUUCCCCAGGUCCAGGCAGAGUCUCUUCCCCAGGGAAAAGCCUCUAAAUCUGGCCAACCCUGCUUCACCAGGCCCCUGUCUAGAGCUUCCGUCAUAGAGGGCUCUCCAGUGACGCUAGAGGUGGAGGUGACGGGACACCCAGAGUCCACGCUCACCUGGUGCAAAGAUGGAGAGGUGUCAGCCCCCGGCCCGGGCCGAGCGCUGCCUCCCUGCGAGGAUGGGUUGGUCCCAGAGGCAUCGAGCUCAGAUGGUGGUCGGUACGAUUCCCGAGCUGCCGCACAGCGUGGCAGCAGUGCUGAUGAUUGGCUGCUGGGAGAAGUGUUUGACAUCAUUGGUGUGGACUGGCUGACCGGGUUUGGUGCACUGUGUGUAUUGCUGUGGCUGAUCUACCUGAUUCUACUCUGGUAAUUCGGGACGUAAAGCUUAAACAAGCUGUAAUGUAACCCUACAGGACAGAUGUUCCUCAUCAGGUAGAAACAAGCUGUAAUGUAACCCUACAGGACAGAUGUUC